GCCUCACUGACGCCCCCUUCCGGGCGGACAGGCGCGGCCGCAGCGGCGCACUGACAAGUGUCGGCGUUAUCCUUGAGAAGUAGCUCGGAACUCGAGAUCGUGGUGGAGAUUUAUUUUGAAAUCCGACACGCAGUAAAUUAAACUUCUUCCUGUAAGUGGACAGUACAACUGCAACCCUGCAUUCUAAACAGGAAAAAGAGUUCUCCGCUAUGAGCUGCGACAUGGACGGAGACAUGGAGAACCAGCUGGAACUGGAGGAGAAGACGAGACUCAUCAACCAGGUUCUGGAGCUGCAGCACACGCUGGAAGAUCUGUCUGCAAGGGUGGAUGCUGUGAAGGAGGAGAACCUGAAGCUGAAGUCGGAGAACCAGGUGCUGGGACAGUAUAUCGAGAACCUGAUGUCGGCCUCCAGCGUCUUCCAGACCACCGACACAAGGAGCAAACGAAAGUAAGGGAUGGGCCCCUCCAACACUAACUGCCUAGUCCUUGGGGGCCCCUAUUAUGAAAAGCCUAGUCUCUGGGCCCCCAGUAUGAAUCGACUAGCCCCUGGGGCCCCCAAAGCAAAUUUCCUAGUCCAUGGGCCCCUGAAUAUGAAUUGCCUAGUCCCUGGGCCCCCCCAUUAUGAAUCGCUUAGUCCCUGAACCCACCAAAUAUGAAACGCUUAGUUCCUGGGCUAACCCAAUACGAAUCACUUAGUCUCUUAGCCGCCCAAUAUGAUUCACCUAGUCCCUGGACCCACCAAAUAUGAAUCACCACAUACCUGGGCCCAAUAUGAAUCACCCCCACCCCCCAUGAAUUCCCUAGUCCCUAUUCCCCCCCCCCCAAAAUGAAUCAUGUAGUCCCUCCCACAAGAGUGAAUCAUUUAGUCCCUGGUUCCCCCCAAAGCGAAUCUCCUUGUUCUUGAAACCCUAAAAGUGAAUUGCCUAAGUCCUGCUCCCCCCACCCCCCUAAAAGCAAAUUGCCUUGUCCCUGGGCCCCCCAACCUUUACCCUCCCUUCCUAACAAAUGCACAGGAAGCUGUAAGCUCAGUUGUUUUGUUUAAUACUUUUUUUUCGUAUGCGUUAUUUUCCAUGUACCGAAAGUGUUUAAUUUCCCCUGAGGUCUAAGCCCUCCCCACACAACAACGGAAAGUUCCAGACCUUCUGCACUUUUUACAGGUCACUUUUUUUAAAUGAAAAAUAAAAUGUAGAAAAAAAAUGUUUUGAUCCUUUUAAGAACAACUUGCACCUUAGUGUCUGUUCAGCUGUGUGACUGAGUCGCAUUAACAUUUGCACAGAAAGGACUGUUCUUACGCUCUGCUCGAUCAACUAGUCAGAUUAAACCUAGUGAUACGUCUUACAAAACUACUUAGUACACUUAACGUUAAUAGUAAGUCACCUAAGAACAAAUUUUGGAUCGUAGUUCUUACUAAUCCUGCUAUUAAUAACAACAAUAAUGAUAAUAUUAUUAGUCAUUUUUAUGACUGGUAUGUUACAUCUGUAAUGAAAAGAUGUGAACAAGAAACAUAUGAUCUUUAAACAGAUGAAUGCAGGUAACCAGAUACUCUAUAUAGCUGUAAAUACCUUCAACCAGGAACGCAUGUGUGACAGAAGGCGAGAUCCUGCCCUUGCAAGCAGAGAACGGUCCUUCCUGUUCAGUUUCACCCAAGGUCAACGAUGGUCGUGACCUUCCAGCCUGUUAUCCUGUCAUUGUCACCCUCCUUAUUGGGCAUUACAUUCCCAUGGUAACUUCCAUUGACCCAGAUUUUGAAGAACAGUAUUCCCCAAUCCAGUCCUUUGGGACGCACAGACAGUCCACGUUUUUUCGCUCUACUCGGAGCUGGAAGGGAGCAAAAACCUGGACUGUGUGACGAGGGAGGUGAGCGGGAGCAAAAACGUGGACUGUCUGACAGGGAGCUGAAAUGUGGGUUGUCUGUGGGUCCCCGAAGUCCUGGGUGGGUAACACUGGAGGGGUUAAAAGCACCGAUUUAACGGAGCCCGGCAGAGGCCAGACACCGGGGGGCAUUAACAAACAAGAGAGGUGGGGAGACGGACCUCUGCUGUGUACUGGCCGUCCCAGCGGACGAUCUGAAUCACUGAUUGUCUUCGAUCGGAAAUCACGACAGCAGCUUCUAGUGUCCAGUGCAUUAAGGCUGUUUGGACAAGAGUGAAGAGCUGACUCCAGGAGACCAUUUAACCUGGAGCCCUGCUGAGUGUGCAUGCGGAGGGGGGGGUUGUCGUACCGAUGCAGUGGGUGCAGCCUUCACGAGGCACCCUCACGUGAUGUGCACACGAUAGAUCAUCUCACAUUCGUCUUCACUUGGAGAAAUGCAGUUUUUGUAUCGCAUAUUUACGCUAAGAAAUGUAACUUGUGUUUCCUACACGGCCCGUCAAAAAAGCAGCCUCUUGAAUAGAUGGCGUUGCGUUUCAGCAGUUUCCUUCGGUUUUAAUAAAGAUGUUUUGGCCUUUGCCUGA